CCAGUAUUGUUUCAGCUCGAGGAUUUCUCCAACGAGUUUUUAUCAAGACCAGGAAGCAAUGUCAUGCCAACCAUCCAGGGCGUCACGAAGGGAAUCCCCUAUUCCAAGUCCACAGCGGGAAUUGCGGAAGGCCAUGAAUCCCACACGCCAAAGACAACGCCUGGAGACUCACAUUCCCGUGGAACACUAAGGGCCAUUGCCCAAAGGCAACGUAUACAACGCGGAAACGAGCUGCAUAUUCCUCGACGGCAUGCCACAAGCGUCAAAGAGCAAAAUCACUACGUAUUCCAAGAACAAAAACGCAAAAGAUCAAGCAAACGAGAGCUCGCCCGAGCAAGGAAAGCUGGAAACACCGGAAACAUCGGAAUAGUCCGACCCCGACCAUGGGCGUACCGUGGAGGCAGCAGCGGACCACGACAUCUCGACAGCGACAUGUUACUCGAGGACCGCGCACACACAGCGAAGAGGUCGACAGGACCAGCAUAAACCCACCCACACACGCUGCUGUCCACGUCAUGGAUGACACCGGUCUGGAGGCAAUACCACCCGAGGCCUUUUCUGGCGAUGCAC